AUGGCGCGUUGUCCUCAAGUUUGGUUACUUUUCCUAGCCAUUUUGUUCUUGGUAAUAAGUGUUCAAAAUUCACAAGCUCGUCUAAGAGACGAAAAUGGAGUAAAAUCUGGGGUAUUUCUAUCACCCAAGUUUGUGCUGGAACCAGGAUCAGUGGCGAACAAAUUCUACUACAAUAUUGACUUUCCUAGAGGUCAUAUUUCUAUCAAGGAGUUCAAUGCUGAAGUGGUUGAUGAGGCAGGAAAUCCUAUCCCCCUUUACGAAACUUAUCUCCAUCACUGGCUUGUUCUGAGAUACUACCAACGUAAAGGUGUUGAAAUUUCAAAUUUCAAUGAUAAUUUGGGUUUCCAUCAAUCGGAUACUAUUAUUGUGAGGAAUAGUGGGUUAUGUGAGGCUGGCCUUUCUCAAUAUUUUGGCCUUGGAUCUGAGACACGAAAAACAGCCACACAUGUGCCGGAUCCUUAUGGAAUAGAAGUUGGUAAUCUGGCAGAAAUUCCUGAUGGGUAUGAGGAGAAAUGGUUGCUCAAUGUGCAUGCUAUUGAUACACGGGGUGUAGAAGAUAGGUUGGGGUGCAUUGAAUGCAGGUGUGAUUUGUACAAUGUUACAGAGGAUGAACAUGGCCAGCCUUUGAAGCCACAUUAUGUAGGGGGCUUGUAUUGUUGCUAUGAUGAGACACGAUGUAGAUUGAGAAAAGGCUUUGAUAGUGCCAAGAGAAGCCUCUACUUGAGGUACACAGUCAAGUGGGUUGAUUGGGAUAACUCUAUUGUUCCUGUAAAUAUAUAUAUAUUUGAUGUUACUGAUACAUGGAAAAGGUCUGAUCAAUCAACAGGACUCAGUAGAAGACAUGAUUGCGCGAUUGAGUAUGAUAUUGAAUCUUGUUCCACUAGCAUGGUUAGUGACAGUUGCAAUAAUACCAAAAGGGUGAGCCUUAGUCUGCCCACUGGUGGUGAUGUCAUCUACGCUGUUGGUCACCAGCAUGCCGGGGGGAUUGGUUCAACUUUAUAUGGAGAGGAUGGACGGGUUAUUUGCAAAUCAAUACCAACUUAUGGAGAAGGAAAGGAAGCAGGAAAUGAGGCUGGUUAUAUUGUAGGAAUGUCCACCUGCUAUCCUCAACCUGGGUCUGUCAAGGUAUCUGAAGGGGAGACUCUGAUUCUGGAAUCUAAUUAUAACAGUGCCCAAAGGCAUACUGGAGUUAUGGGGCUCUUCUACAUUUUGGUUGCAGACCCAUCACCAAAACCUGAAUCGAUCUUGCAUGCUCCAUUUGAAGUGUAUGAAAAGCUGGCAAUACCCAAUUUUGUUUGGGUCAUAGCAUUGUUUGGAACGGCAGUAGCUAUUGCAGUUUAUGGACGAAGGACCCGAAGGGAGAAUGUUUACCAAUCAAUAGUGAUGUGA